UCAACUUCACCAAAGUAAACGCGCCCAACCUCACCUUCCCACUAGGUAUCUCACGAACCAAAGCUCAACGUCACACAUCCAGAAAUGGCAGACACAUCUCAAAAACCCGACAAAGCUACUAGUGCAGCGCAAGCUCGUCAGGUCAUCGAUGUGUUUCAUGAGAUUUCUACGCUACUUGUAGGUUUUAAUUUGUUUUAUUUGUUUUUGUGUUUUUUUCUUUUGAGGGUGAAGGGAGGAUUGGGAUGGGAAGUAGAGAGGGAAGAAGGGAAAAAGGGAUAAAAAGGGAGAGAGGAAGGGAGGAAGCCAGAAAAUAGAAAAGGGAGGAACAGGAGAAAAGAUAGGAAAAGGAAAAGCUAACACGCAACACAGAAUGCAGAACUCGAUCGUGGAACCUUGAGUAUUUGUAUAAGUCUUAUUGAGAAUGGAGUUAAUCCGGAAGCUCUCGCUGUGAGUAUUUAUUCUUUUUCCUUUCAAGGGUCUUGUGUUUAGGGAUUUUUGGAUACUGUGGGAAGGAUAUGGGAAAAGAGAGCGGGAAAAGAGGGCGGGAGAAGGAAGAGGGGAAAUGGUCCAGAAUGAAAAGGACAACAACAUAUGAUAAAGAUCAAAGCUAACGGAAAAUCUGCCAAAUAGACAGUCGUUAGGGAACUGAGAAAAGACGCGGAUGAAGUGAGAAGACAGAUUGCUCAGGGGGUUGUUCAGGAGGGGGAAUGAAUGGCCUGGUAAUGGGGAUGGGGAUAUGGAUGGGUUUUUAGCAAUGAAGAGUGCAUAAUAAGAUACCAGUUACUGAAGGACCCAUCUAAUGUGUGGUUUUGAUGUAAGACGUUAGAAGGAUAUACCGAGGCGUUAUUGGGGUUUGACUCGGGUCAGAAAGCUAUUACAAGAGUCUAUGUAUAGCAUUAAUAUAUUAUUAUCCUGGAGAUUGGUUCAGAGAGAAAAACUCGGCGAGCAUCGGACGGAACCCUCCAAGCACCCAAGGCGGACAGUAUGAUUUCACCAUGAGGAC